UCACUGGCCCGGACCCAGACACCAAAUACUCUGACAGAAUGUUGCUCUGGAUCCUGCUGAGUGUGAUCUGCGUCAUUGCAGCACAGCCACGCAGCUCCUCCUACUCCGGUGAAUAUGGUGGCGGUGGAGGAAAGCGUUUCUCACACUCCGGAAACCAGCUGGAUGGACCAAUCACUGCAUUACGAGUCCGUCUGAAUCGCAACUACAUUAUAGGGUUGCAGGUUCGAUACGGAACAACAUGGUCUACAUAUUACGGAGGCACCAUUUUUGGAGAUGUGGAGGAGGUUUUUCUCCACCCCGGUGAACAUAUCAUCCAGGUAUCAGGGAAAUACUCAACCUACAUCAGAAAACUGGUGUUUGUUACCAACAAAGGACGCCAGUUUCCAUUUGGUAAAGAUUAUGGAACCAGCUUUAACGCGGUGCCCCUCUUCCCCAACACUGUACUACGCUUCUUCAGCGGGAGCUCUGGGUCUGUCAUUGAUGCCAUCGGCUUCCACUGGGACUAUCCCACAAGUAGCUGUACCCAUUGCAACAAGUAACUGUGAAGAUAAUCCCACCAUAGCCUGCAGAACAUUGCAGCUCCAAACAUAACCUUACCUCCUGCAGAGUCUUCCUUUAUACCUGCAGAGCAUCACUACACCUGUGUAGUUUCCCCACCUGGGAGAAAUAGCAGAGCGUUGCACACUGCACACUAUCUCACUUCCCUGUACAACUGAGACUUCUGUACUGCCCAUUACUUUUAGACUUUCACUGUCUCUCCCAUUCUAAUUAUAUUUUAUGGCACUCUGUGCUAACACGCUUACCAUGAAUGUCACCUUUGAGUUUUUGUUUAAUUAAAUCUACUGUCUAAAACGUA